AUGGUCCAUGACCUGGGAAGUCCAUGGGGAAAUCCACCCUUCACCAACCACCAUUCUGCAGACCAGGACCUCAACUCGCAGACCUCUGAGACUGCACCGGAUCACCUGGAGGUUAAGGCCCAGCAGCUGCACAAGGCGUGUCAAAAGGCUCCGCAGCAGGACGUGUGGACGGAGCCCACGGAGGGAAUCACCUCCACGGUGCUGGACCACGCGGAGGAAGCCUUGCGGCGAUGCUUUGGGAAGACCAAGGAAGGCCAGCGCUAUGCCAACAAUCCCUUGUUGGGCCUCAAUGCCAUCUUCAAACGCCUGGACCAAAACCAUAGCGGCAAAGUCGAUCGCUCGGAGUUCCUUCAGUUGUGUGGCAUUCUGGACUUCAAUGGCAGCACGGACCUGAUGAAUGCACUCUUCAAUCGAUACGAUUUGGAUAGGUCAAAGUACCUAUCCAUUGACGAGUUUGGCCGCAUGCUCUUCAAAUUGGAUGGAGACCCACAUGGAAAGGCCCUCAGUACCAUCGCCAAGAUGAGAGAAGCCUUGGCUUUGAGAGCUGGUGGAUUCGAGACGCUGAAAGCCAUGGCCAAUCAGUUUCGCAUCAUGGAUCAUGAUCACUCCGGUGAGCUCACGAAGGAGGAGUUCAUGACUGCUCUCGACGUGUUCUUCAAUUGCUUCAACCUGCGCUUCAGCGCGGCUGAAAAGCUGAGCCUCUUCAGCACCUUCGAUCGCGAUGGCUCCGGCAGCGUCAGCUACGACGAGUUCAUCCGUGGUGUUCGCGGAGAGAUGAACGACUUCCGCUUGGAGUGGGUGAACAAGGCCUUCAGUAUCCUCGACAAGGAUGGCUCUGGCGUGGUGACCACGGCGGAAAUGUCGGGCACCUACGAUGUCUCUGCCAACCCGGCAGUUCAAAGCGGAAAGGUGACGCCCCAGCAAGCCAUUUCGCAGUUCAUGCAGCAUUUCGAUCAAAAUUCGGAUGGUCAGAUUACCCGGGAGGAGUUCACCGAAAACUACGAGUGGGUGAGUGCGUCUAUUGACAAUGAUGACUAUUUCGAGCUCAUGAUGCGAAAUGCCUGGCACAUUGCCGGUGGCGAAGGCUGGUCAGCCAACACCUCCAACCUUCGAGUGCUGGUGAAGCAUACUCGCUCUCCAGACGAGGUGGUUUGCGUGCUGAAUGACUUGGGCCUUCCAAGAGAUCCCGCCCUGCGCACCAUGGAGGUGGUGAAACGUUUGAAGAACCAAGGGGUGGCCGACAUUGCCAAAAUUGAGCGGCUUGAACUGAAAGUGGUUUUGCGGCUGAACUGCAACAAGUUCAUACAAGUUCCGGGGCCAGCGCGGAGCGAAGCCUCGCGAGUUCAAGCCUAUGGCGGAAACGACCCCAGUCCAAGCAAUGCAGUGAUGGUCUUUCUCACAUCACCUGAAGGUAUCAAGGCGUUAAGCGCUGCCUCUGGGGAUGCGGAGCUCCUGGUGCGGCUGGGCGGGUGCAAUCGGAGGCUACACCAAAGCGUCGCUAUGGUCCAGAAGAGCCUGGAAAAAUUGUCUCCAUCGAUGAACUUCAGGCAGAUUGCCUUUGGACAAGCAGCGGCCAGGAUUUGUAGCUGCGCCACUGGAAACCACAUUUAUUUCGGCUAUGGUGGUGGGACCUCCGUGCGAAAGGAGAUGGGGCCCGUCCUGAAAGCAUCAGCGAAACUGCUGGCACGCUUUGAAGAUGCGAAGAUCCACAUCGAUGCCCAUGCUGGAGUAAAAGCCCCUGGUCGCUUUGUGGCAAAGAACUGCUCUCAGGCUAGGGCGAAGGCCAUCUUACGUGAGCUGGUGCAUUUUGGAGUCCCAGCUAAUCGAAUCACCUUUGUGGCAUGGGGAAAGGAGAUCUCCAGCCACUGGAAAGAUACAGAUGAGAAAGUAGCCAGGGCUGAGAUCUACUUCCAGAUGGCGGGAGCAGAGUUUCCAGAACGGCCGGGAUAUUAUGUGCAAGCCGCCUUGAGCACGUCCACCGCGCUUCGCCAUGGGCCAGAUGAAAUGGAUGACGACUUUGGAAAUGAGAACUUCUUACAUUCCGACCCAGACAGCCUGAUGCUCUUCCUACCUGCCGCAACUGGUUUUCAGCUGGUCUCCGUCUUAAAUUCAGCGUAG